AUGAGUGAAUCACAGGAGGCGAGCUCUCCAGUGGCUGGCAUUGGUGGUCCUGUGACCUGUGUCACCAAAGUUGAGCUGCGUGUGUCCUGCAAGUCCCUGUUGGACCGAGACACACUCAAAAAGUCUGACCCUUGUGUCAUCCUAAUGGUCCAGACUCAAGGGGAGUGGACUGAGCUGGAUCGCACAGAAGUGAUCAAGAGCAAUUUGAACCCAGUCUUUGCCAAGGUCUUUAUGCUGGAUUACUAUUUUGAGGAGGUGCAGAAGUUGCGCUUCGAGGUUUAUGAUAUACAUGGAACCCACAGCAUUGGAACACGGGAUGAUGACUUUCUGGGUGGUAUGGAGUGCACACUUGGUCAGAUUGUGGCUCAGAAAAAAAUGGUGAAGCCUUUGCUACUUAAAUAUGGAAAAUAUGCUGGAAAGUCCACUAUUACAAUCCAUGCUGAAGAAAUUUCUGGUAACAAUGGAUAUGUUGAACUUUCCUUUUGUGCAAAGAAAUUGGAUGACAAGGAUCUUUUCAGCAAGUCUGACCCGUUCUUGGAGAUUUACAGGGUGAACGAUGAUGAAACCGAACAGCUUGUACAUAGAACGGAAGUAAUCAAGAACAACCUGAACCCUGUAUGGGAGCCAUUUAAAGUCUCCCUUAUCUCCCUUUGCAGCUGUGAUGAGGACAGGAAGUUAAAGUGCCUAGUGUGGGAUUAUGACUCCAGGGCAAAGCAUGACUUCAUUGGCGAGUUCUACACCACGUUCAAAGAAAUGCAGCAAGCUUCUGGAGAACACAAGGUCACAUGGGAUUGUGUGAACCCAAAGUACAAAGUAAAAAAGAAGAACUACAAGAACUCUGGCCUGGUCAUCCUAACUGAGCUUAAGCUCCACAGAGUCUACUCUUUUCUGGAUUACAUAAUGGGUGGAUGCCAAAUACACUUUACAGUCGCCAUUGAUUUUACAGCAUCAAACGGAGACCCCCGCAAUAGCUGCUCCCUCCACUACAUCAACCCCUACCAGCCAAACGAGUAUCUGAAAGCUUUGAUAGCAGUGGGAGAGAUCUGCCAGGAUUAUGACAGUGACAAAAGAUUCUCAGCUCUUGGCUUUGGUGCCAGAAUUCCACCCAACUAUGAGGUCUCACAUGACUUUGCCAUUAAUUUCAACCCUGAAGAUGAUGAAUGUGAAGAGAUUCAGGGAGUGGUAGAAGCCUACCAGAACUGCCUGCCCAAGAUCCAGCUUUAUGGUCCCACUAAUGUGGCUCCCAUUAUCAGCAGAAUAUCAAAACAAGCAGCUGGAAAGGAGCCCAUAAAAGAUGCCUCUCGAUACAACAUCCUGCUGAUACUCACUGAUGGUGUGGUGACUGACAUGGCAGACACACGUGAGGCCAUUGUGCGUGCCUCCUACCAGCCCCUGUCCAUCAUUAUCGUGGGGGUUGGGAAUGCUGACUUUACUGACAUGCAAAUCCUGGAUGGGGACGAUGGUGUCCUUCGAUCUCCUAAAGGAGAACCUGUUCUAAGGGACAUUGUGCAAUUUGUACCCUUCAGAGACUUCAAAACGGCGUCCCCUGCUGCACUGGCGAAAUGUGUGCUGGCUGAGGUACCCAAGCAGGUAGUUGAGUACUUCACUCACAAGGCAAUUCCUCCAAUGAAUCCAGUGUUAGACUCAGCCCCCAGCUCCAUCGCCAACACCCCAGAUUAACACUUUAACCAGACCGUGACAUCGGCUCAGUCUCUGUACAUCUACCCAUGCUGAACGGCCGAGAGAAAUGUGAGAGGACUGCCACUGAGAAAAAAAAGAACAUCAACACUACAUUUAUAGUGCCAACUGCCAUUUUUCCUGUUCAUACAUACAAUGCUGAUGUAGAUGGGGGACUGGUUGUACAGUAUGGAUAAUGUCUGCUUUUGGAUAAAGGCUGCCACAUUUACAGAACUCUGAUCCCUGCUGGCUUUCUGCCAAGGCUGUUAUUUCAGUCCUGUGUCUUGCAGAAUUUUUCUUUGCACUGCCCACUGUUCAUGUUUUUCCUGCCCUAUUUUGAGCUAUUCACUGGAUACUUAUCACCCUGCUGUUGGCUGUAACCGACAGGAUUAUGUGUGAAAUGAUGAUUAUUA